CUCGUUUCAUGUAAAUAAUUCUCACGAGGAACUAUUAAAACCAGAUAUUAAUUUAUUAGGGAUUGACUCAAUGGGAGUGGAAUCGAUGGGCGCCACCAAAUACUAGCAAAAAAACAACCCCGAUGGCCUGGCCGUGUGAUGUUUGCCCCAGCGUUUUCAAAUUUGAAAGUUACUUGAAACGACAUCGAUUGCGACAUUUCGAACCUGAGAUUCAGUGCAUCGAAUGUAAUGAACGGUUUCACGAUGAAUAUACUUUGAACCACCAUCUUGCUGUCGUACAUGAAAAACAAACAGCGUGGAAGUGUGAUUUGUGUAAAAAGGUUUUUAAAUUUGAAGCCUUGUUGAAAAGACAUCGCUUGCGACAUUUCGAACCUACGGUGAAGUGCACCCAUUGCGAUAAAAAAUUUUAUGACGAGUACCUCGUGAAGCAACAUCGUGAUUUCGUUCACAAUAAUACUAGGAAUUUUGUUUGUGAUAUUUGUAAUUAUGCGACUGGGAAUAAAUCGACGCUCCAAAGACACAUGAUUAGAAUACAUACGAAGAAUUUUCCCUAUCCGUGCGAUCUUUGUGGUAAAGGGUACACAGACAAGUACAUGCUUGAUGCCCAUCGUCAGUCUGUACACGAAGGUGUUGAACACACAUGUGAAGACUGCGGAAAGGCAUUUAAAUACGCCCAUGGUCUGCAAGAACACAGAAAACUGCACGAACCAUCAUCGAAAAAGAGGGAAGAAGUGAUGUGCGAUUUAUGUGGAGAAAAGUUUAAAUAUUUGAAAGAACAUGUAAUGAAAAUGCACGGAGGAGUAAAAACUAUCAUUUGUGAAGUCUGUGGGAAAAGUUUCUACACAAAGAAUCUUUUAAAUAUACACAUAAUGCGCAAACACAAGAACGAGCGACCUUUCAAAUGCAGUUUUUGUUUUCAUGGCCUAGUCACGAAAAAUGAGUUGAAAGAACAUAUCAAACGGAGGCAUUCUGGUAACGAGAGUCUUGAAGAUAUAAAAGAGAAGCCAUUUCAGUGUAGCAUUUGUGGGAAACGGUUUAAAGCUAGCACGUCGUUAACGGAUCAUAUGAGGAAACAUUCUGGGGAAAAAGCUUACACGUGUAAUGUUUGUCAGGAGAAGUUUAUUUCUAAACAUUACUUAAAGUCCCAUAGAUGCGGUGGAAUUAGUGAUCAGUUAUUAGAAAUGUCUUCGAAGUAGCAACUGUCCGCGUCAGUAGUAUUUAAAAGAGUAUUUUGGGUGUAGGUGACGUAAUGUUGUGUUCACUUGAAGACCACAUUUUUAUAAACUCUGGACCAGUGAUUUUUAGUUGUUGUAUUUAUUUUUUUAUGUUCAGUUGUAAUUAUUUCGAAAGCCCUGUUUAAUUAUGGUUAAUUAUUAAUCGACUGUUUGUUAUGUUAUUGUGUAGAUCUUUUUAUAUAAAGAGUUUUGUCACCGAGA